AAGGAAGGAGGCUUCCUGCAUCAAUCACUAGUUGGAGGGGAUGGAGUGAAGACUCAGAAGCAUUUACAUCAGAGGCUUAUUGUGUCGAGCCCUCAGUAUGCCUUCUGUUCGCCUUGUCUUCCUGACCACUCUCCUCGUGGUACUGAUGGCUGUGCUGACCUCCAGCGCCAGAACAACGCGCUGGCCCAAACCUCAGACCACCAAGAAGCCCCCUCGAGCUGGGGGCAGCGGCGGAGGCGGGGGUGGUGGAAUUGGACGGACCACCACAACGACCCCAUCCCCUUCCAGCCUGCACACAGAUGAGACAACUGAAGUCAUGAUGGACGCUUACUCCCUUUCCCCGACAGACAGCACCACCUACUCCAGCGACACUUACUCCACCGAGUUUCACACCGACGCCAUAGUGCCGCCCGGUAACACUCUUGGAAACUAUACCCUUGACUACAAUGAAUGCUUCUUCAAUUUCUGUGAGUGCUGUCCGCCAGAGAGAGGUCCCAUAGGGCCCAUGGGAGAGAGAGGGCCACCAGGACCGCCGGGAGAGAGGGGCCCUCUAGGGUUACCAGGUGAGAAGGGAGAUACGGGGCCCAGAGGACCUCCAGGACCAGCAGGACUACCUGGAGCCAACGGACUCAAUGGCGACAUAGGUGACAAAGGUGAUCAAGGACCUGUGGGUCCUCCUGGUGUCCCUGGGAUCCCAGGAAAACCAGGAGAGAGAGGUGAUCCGGGCCCCAGAGGAGAGAAAGGUGAACGUGGCUUCAGCGGUCUGAAAGGGGACCCGGGAGAAAGAGGAGAGCCUGGCCUGAAUGGGACUAAGGGCAACACUGGGCGAGAGGGGCCUAUGGGUCCCCCUGGGGUUGCCGGGACAAAGGGUCAGAAAGGCGAACAGGGACUCACAGGCGAGUGUUUACCAGGUGAGAAAGGUGAUGUGGGUGAGCGUGGGACUCCUGGUCCAAGAGGUGAGAUGGGCCCCCCAGGAGUAAAUGGAACUGAUGGUGCAAAGGGAGAAAGAGGGGAGCCAGGGCCUCCAGGAGGGAAGGGUGAUACUGGUGCCAGAGGGCCCCAAGGACCUCCAGGAGGGAGGGGCAUGGCCGGGCUGAGGGGGGAGAGGGGAGUGAAAGGUGGGCGUGGGCCCCGGGGCCCUAAAGGCUCACCAGGUGAGAGUGUGGAGCUGGUCCGCUCUGCCUUCAGUGUGGGCUUGUUUCCCAGCCGGUCCUUCCCUCCACCCGGCCUGCCGGUAAAGUUUGAUAAGGUGUUUUACAACGGCGAGGGGCACUGGGACCCAGCGCUCAACAAGUUCAAUGUCACCUACCCCGGGGUCUACUUAUUCACUUACCACAUCACCGUGCGCAACCGACCCGUGCGUGCUGCCUUAGUGGUUAAUGGCAUGCGGAAGCUGCGGACUCGGGACUCUCUGUAUGGACAAGACAUUGAUCAGGCGUCCAACCUGGCUCUGAUGCAGCUGAGUGAAGGUGAUCAGGUGUGGCUGGAGACACUGAGAGACUGGAACGGAGUUUACUCCAGCAGUGAGGAUGACAGCACUUUCUCUGGCUUCCUGCUUUACCCAGACUCAAAGACCAAACCUACUGCUAUGGAAAACCUGUGACUGCAACCUCUGACCUUGACUGAACCCUGACCUUAACUGCUUGUAGACUCUGCACAACCUUCAGCCAAUUGCACUGCUUCGUCAAAUUAAUGUGAUUCAGCUCAAUGCUGCCGCUUCUCAAUCCGCUCGCUGCUAAUCAAACCAAAUGCUUUGCUUGCCUCGCUGUAUUUGGAGAUGGAUGAGGCUUGAUUAAACUGCUGUAUGCAACACUUACGCUCUUUGUAACAAUGCAUUAAA